AUGCAUACUUCCCCGUCAUAUCUAACGCCCGAUUGCGUUAAACAAUCCACCCGGGCAAUGACCUUAAACCUGCCCAAAGGUAGCGAUCGCGGUCUUGCUCACCAAUGCUUCCGACUGCGGGAAAGCUCUGUAGCUACCAGUACGGUAAAUUCAAUAUCUACAGCAACUGCACCCAUAUCAACAACGACAACAACAUCAACUCUAUGCUCAAAAACGACAGAGGUCUACAGUUCUGCUGAACAAGCGGCAACAACAAAAAGCGCACUCACCGCGACAUUGGAAAGCCAAAACGGACAAGAUCCAAAACAAAACAAAAAACUGUGUCAAACAGGUCUGGAUCGCUACAUCGAAAUCAAGCGAAAGUUGAGCCCUCAACACAAGCAGACUGGCAAUCAGCCGAAAAUAAAUUGCACCAACGCUGCCAAUAGCAAAACAAGCUCGAAUAUGUUUGCACUACUUGAUGACUGCGAAGUGCCGAAGAAUUUUAAGCCGCCACCUAUAUACAUACGGGAGAAAUCCUCAAGUGUGCUGGUUAACAAACUAGCUGCAAUUAUCGGAGAAAACAAGUUCUAUGUUAUACCUCUUACUAAGGGCAACAUAUAA